GUCAAACUAUCGAUUUCUUUUCAACGAUCAGAAAACAGAUUGCAGAACUUCCGCCAAACUCCAAAGUUGUGUGUCGCAAAUUCUCCUCAUAAACAAAAAGGAAAAAAAAGAAAAAUGAGCUUCUUUACACUAAGAAGUGCUUGCGGUUCCUUGGGAGUUCAAUCCUCAAGCUUGACAGUUCAGUUGGGUUUCCACUCUAAUGAAAAUAAUAAUUUCCUUGGAGCUUUUGUUUCAUCUCCUAAAAGAACGAAAAUUAAGAAGUUUUCUAUAGCUUGCUCUUCUACUACUACUGCUGCAAGAGGAGAGCCUGUAAGUCGGCCUCCUGCAUGGAUGAUGCGCCAGGCAGGAAGGUAUAUGUCUGUUUACAGAAAGCUUGCAGAGAAACAUCCAUCCUUCAGAGAGAGAUCUGAGACAACUGAUCUCAUUGUGGAAAUUUCUUUGCAGCCUUGGGAAGCUUUCCGCCCUGAUGGAGUGAUAAUUUUCUCCGAUAUACUUACUCCACUGCCUGCAUUUGGUGUCCUGUUUGACAUUGAAGAAGUAAGGGGUCCUGUCAUUCAGUCCCCGAUUUGCUCUGAGGAUUGCUUGAAGGCAUUGCACCCUAUUGACCUGGAGAAACUACAUUUUGUUGGGGAUUCCCUUAAGAUUUUGCGCCAGGAGGUUGGAGAUCACGCUGCGGUGCUGGGUUUUGUUGGAGCACCAUGGACAAUUGCAACAUAUAUAGUAGAGGGAGGUACAACCCGCACUUACACAACCGUAAAGAGUAUGUGCCACACAGCACCAAAUUUAUUGAGGGCCCUUCUUUCUCAUUUAACAAAAGCAAUAUCUGAAUACAUUAUUUACCAAGUGGAGUCUGGAGCACAUUGCAUACAAAUAUUUGAUUCAUGGGGUGGGCAACUACCACCUGAUAUGUGGGAGCAGUGGUCAAAGCCUUACAUAACAGAGAUUGUGAGCAUGGUACAGAAUAAGUGCCCUAAGAUACCUCUUGUUCUCUACAUUAAUGGAAAUGGUGGCCUCCUUGAGCGCAUGAAAGGCACUGGGGUUGAUGUGAUUGGACUUGACUGGACAGUUGAUAUGGCUGAUGGAAGGAAGCGGUUGGGUAAUGAUAUCUGUGUCCAGGGCAUUGUUGACCCUGCUUACUUGUUUUCUCCACUUCCAGCUGUAACGGAGGAAAUCCAAAGGGUUCUUAAGUGUGCAGGACCAUGUGGGCACAUUCUUAAUUUGGGUCAUGGCGUUCUCGUUGGGACUCCUGAAGAAGCUGUUGCACAUUUCUUUGAAGUCACAAAAAGCUUAAAAUACGAGAGUUCAUCUCAAAAUCAUGCCAUGGAGGAAUCUAAAUUGUUAGUUUGAGACCAUUAUGGUUAGUCUAGAUCCUGAGGUUUUUUCUAUAAAUUGGCCCUUUGGUUUAAAUUCACAUCUUAUCCUUGAAUCACAACCUCAUGAUGUCAAAUCAACUUGCAUUUUGCAAAAGGGGUUGAUUGGCGUUUGGCUCUUGUACAUGCUUGUGGUUUAGUCAGAUAGGUAUAUUUAUUGUGCUAGUUGUUAAAUGUUAGGAAUGAAUAAAUAUCCUGAUUUUUUGUUGUACAUUUGAAGCCUAUGCAUGUUCUAGUGCUUUGUUCAAGCUUUUUGCCCUUUUACCUGGUUGGUAGAGGAUAUGAACUGCAGGGAGGUUCAAAAGCUUUGUAGUGACUAGUAAAAACAUGCCCUAAAAGGACAUUUUGACCAUAACCAAGUAUUCAUAUCCGUAAUGAAUUGAUUCUUUGAUCUUAUCAGCAUAAUGCUACCUGACCCCAGCUAUUUGAUAGAUUGAGUUCUUUUGAUUAGCUGAAAAUAAGACUUGUGAAACUGCCAUACAGGACAUUUCUCUAAUAUGGUUGACUGCUUUAACCAACUCAGUAAACAAAAUAAUCUUGCGAUAGCUCUAUAUAUUUUAGCUUGGAAAAUAUGUAUGCGUCUAUGUAUUCAUGGGCCUAUUAGUGAGAUAUAUCUUUCUAUAGAUGUUUGAGUGAUAUUCUUUUUGUAACUUUUAAGAUGGCAUAUGUAUAUGUUAAUGUCUUUGUGUUUGUGUUUGUUUGAGCCUGCUGGCUUCUUUGAAUUUACUUUUAUAGAUGGUUUCUAGUGAAACUCAGAUUUUGUUAGAGAUGAUCAAUUAAUUAUUAGCAUUGACUGGUCUGGCCCCUUGAGAGGAAUGCAUCACAUUAUGCAUGGACAUGCAUUAAGUGGAGAUAUCACCAUAACAAUGGAAGAAACAAUUUUAUUGAAAUCUGAUAAAUAUAGCAUCAAGUUUAUUUUUCCCCUUAUUUCUUCAAGAUUCUAAAAUUCAAGGCACUGUUCCAGAGGUUUUUUUAAAAUUAUUUUUAAUUUAAAAUAGAUAAGCAAUGUUAAGUCAAUAGGAUACUAAAUUUUGCUUUAAGUUCUUUUCUUCAUAUUGUCUACUUAUUAUUGCAGCUAAGAUGCAAUCCAACUGGGUUAAGUUUCCACUUUAUAUGCGAGCUUAUCAGUUCUUGUGGAUCUUCAUAUCAUGGUUUCUCUAAUGUUUUUUGUUUGUGUCUUGCUUUAAUAUGCUAGUUGUCCUCAAUAAUGUAUUACCAUUUUGAAGUUUUUAUUGUAUUUGUAAUGUAGUUACCACUGUUUCAUGUCAUUUUCUGGUCGGGUUACUCUUCAUAUGAAUAGAUUAAUAUUUUACUAGCAGCUGACUGUAGAUGCAGAAAAUUAUUUUAUUACUUCCUAGUAAGUGAUUUUUCAUGCAGAUUUUGCUCCAAAAUUGACACACCUCCAAGAGAAUAUUUGAGCUGAGGCCCUUCCUGCAAAAGGAAUGUAGGUAGCAAUGGUUUUGUCUUCCCUACUUCGAAUUUUCUAUCUGGGAGUGUGAAAGCUCUCUUUCUGCAGGUUUGCUCAUAAAUUUCUACUAAGCUACUAGUUUUAAACCGUGAAGUUAACCUGAAGUAAAGGUCAUUCAGAAUUCCGUAAGUUUUACUGCCUUUUGCAUGCUUGAUUAAUAGCAAAUGGCUGAAAGAGAGAAGUGAAGUUACUAUGAUGAUUGGGGGUAUGGAGUCCAUGGCAAGAACUUUUUUUUUUCAAUGAAUCCAUAACAAGGUUACUUGAGAAAGAACAGUCUUUCUAUGUACAGCAAGGCUUGAGGCUUCUAAAAAAUCUCCUUUUCUGCAGCACAAAGGGAGCGGACUGCAAGAAUAUGCUAGAAUAUGGACUGCAUCGAAGUGUUCUGAAAUGUGAAAAUAUCAUGGUUGAUUUAGUUGUUUCUUGUUGAGAUUCUGCGCACAAUGAAUUAGUGCAUAUUACAAGCUCGUUCCCAUUGGAUAAAUGCUCAAUUUGGGCCACCUAAACCUUUGAGGCUCUGCUCUCAUAAAGAUCAAAUUUUCAAAGUGGUCAAGUAAAGAUUAAGCCUUCCUGCUUAUAUAGGCAUCAAACUUUGUCAGAGUUGCAAAUAAGAAUUGGGCCUAAGGUUUGUUGUAAUUAUUUUGUAUUUCUUUAGUUAUAUGGUGUGAAAAGAUAAACUAUAUAUGCUUUACGUAGUUUCAUGGUUAUUGAACAUAAUAGUAUUGUAAUAUAUAUUUUAUUGGUCAUUAUGUGUAGAAUGGUUGUUUGAGUA